CCCUUCUCCACUGCUGCAUCAUCAACUCAUGCUUUGUCGCAUGUAGCUCCAAAUCCAACGGUCAUGCCGACUUUUCCAUCGCGCAAUCAGCCUCUCCGCUGUCCGCGGCCUAUAGUCACGCAUCAAUGAAGUUCGAUCCCGAUAUCAUUCUCAAUGCGACGCAGUCGGCUGUCUUCCUGAGCGAAAGAGACGUCGCCGGCCAGAUCCCGCUGAAUUUUGUCACCACCUCAUCCGUCUCCCUGCGCGCAGCAUGCUUCAGCAACAAUAUCUAUGACGAAGAUGCGGCGGGGCGAUGCAUCUCGAACCUACUCACGGUCGGAUAUCGUCGCCUAAUCGUGGACCUGUACUGGUCCCCCGACGAACGCAAAUGGCUGCUUUGCCCAGUCUCAAUACCCCAGGACGCGACGGUCGUCAGUGUCUCCGGCACCGCGACUGAGACCGCGACCGCGACUGCGACCGCGAUUAAUGCCGCGCAGGCGACCGUCACCGCGACGGCUAGUUCCUCGGGGUCGCUGCUCUACGAGCUCGGCUCCUACCGGUGCACCACCAAGGUCGACCUCGACGGGCUGAUCGACGUGCUCCGGGGCCUGUUCCAGCGCACCAGCACCGAGCUGACCGCAUACAUCCGCUUCGUCACAUUCAACCUGCACGCCGCCGCCAGCGCCGCGCACCCGGACGAAGCCGCCUCGGAGCUGACCGGCGGCCAACUGCCGACGGGCUCGGACACGCUCAACUCCAUCUUCGACCACCAGCUCUCCUCGUACGUCUACACCCCGUCGGAGCUCGCCUCGGAGCGCGCCAACCUCAACGAAUCCUGGUACGAGGUGGACGACAGCUACAAGCCGAUCGCGGACUACUUCACCGUGGACUCGGACGCCAAGGGCAUCCAGAGCACGCCGGACGGGUGGCCGUGCGGGAAGUUCGUGCAGCUGGCGCGCGAGAAGCGGCUGCUAGUGGAAUACGGCACCGUCGACCCGCAGCUGCAGGGGUACGACCUGUCCGCGGCGCACAGCCUGAUCUUCCCGGCGCACUACCUGUCCUCGACGAUCUCCAUAUCCGUCGACGCGGCGGGCCAGCUCGACUCGACCUGCUACUACGUGCCGGGCGCCGCCGGUAUCGCGGACGCCAACUCCUCCUGGGCGAUCUCCGACUACAUCCCGAUCCCGACCGGACAGUCGCGCAAUGCCACCAUCCAGGAGAUGUCGGCGGUCUCGGUCAACCUAACGGCGUGCGGCCUGACCCCAUCGCUGAACGACACGCUCUUCAACACCACCGCCGCAGACACCAUCACCCCCUACGAGCAGCUCUCCAUGGCCACCUCGUGGGCCUGGUCCAUCCACCAACCCGCCGACACCUCAACAUCAUCCUCAGACUCCGACUCAGACACCUCCACAAACAACCACUGCGCCGUCAUGGACCUCACCCUAGCAGGACACUGGCGCGCUGUCAACUGCAGCCUCACGCGCCACGCCGCCUGCCGCCUCGGCACCGCCCCGUUCACCUGGCGCCUGUCCGCGACGGCGCACUCCUUCGCCGACGCCUACGACCACGCCUGCCCGCCCAACACCUCGCUCUCCGUCCCGCGCACCGGCGUCGAGAACUCCUUCCUGUACCACUACCUCCUCACGCAGUCCGACGUCCUCGACCCCGCGGCCACGGCCACCACCAAAACAGAAGUCUGGCUGGAUCUCAACUCCCUCGACGUCACCUCGUGCUGGGUGACGGGCGGGCCCGACGCGGGGUGUCCGUACGCGGCCGACCCCGGCGAGCUGGAGCGCCGCACCGUGCUCGUGGCCGCCAUCGCCGGCAUCGUCAUCUGCAUCAUCGCCGCCUUGACCCUGUUCGUGAAAUGUAACGCGAACCGCCGCAAUUCCCGCCGGAAUAAGCGCGUCAUCAAGGGGUGGGAGUAUGAAGGCGUUCCUUCUUGAGAUGCUCCAUUGCUCCCCCUAAAAUCUAGAAGGGGAUGUAUUCGACACAUCUUUUAAUAUUUUCUUCAGCCUUUAGGUACCAUGUACUUAUUUGUUGCUUUAUCUUUCUUUUUGUACAACUUUCAUUGCUGGAGUACCCAGCUGUACAUAUGUGUAUUACAAAUGUUCCAGAUAUCUCAUCGAUAUGUUCUUCCAUUCCAUUUUUGUUCCUGCUGUAAUCCAGCUAGUAUGGACGUCUGUACACUACUUACAAUACGCAACACAAGGGGUACCUAACGGAGUAUCACAGCCAAGCGGGAAUUCCCAUCCAUCAAAGCAAAUCAAAUCAACCAAUCAUAAUCCACAUAGAUCGUCAUAAUCCAUCCAAAUCAACAACCCGUCGAGUCAUGAAGAAAAAUAUCACAAGGAAACCCUCCCGUAAGCACAAAUAAUUACAAACCACAUCACGUCACAGGAUACAAUCCCCCACAAC